CUUGUUCCGAAACCCAAUAACCGAAUAGAGCUUCCAAGCUCCACAUACAGUAUACACAGGGGCUAAUGCAGUAUUAAUGCAAUAGAUUUUUUAGGAUACAGUCGGAUAUCCUGUAUGGGUGUUUAUGUAUUCUCCAUCGUUUCGCAUACCUUGGCGAAAUAUGUAAACGUUUCAUCAUACGCCCCCGUGUCUUGCCAUUUAAUUAGAUCCCCGGUGUGCGGAUCAGCUUGGCACCGUCUCUACGUAGGAAAACGGCUGUUUUUUUUUUUUGUUUUGUUUUUUGCUCCGGGAACCCUGGCCACGGUCCUCGCGCGACUUCACUUCAGCACCGGCGGCACGGGAAGAAAAUCGAGCCCGGAGUCCAGCUGCUGCUCUUGGGGCAAAUUGUUCCGCACGUCUCGAACGGAUGGAUGACAAUCUAAAUGUUUGGCCACAGACAAACGCACGAGUGUAAUGUUUUGGUCGAUGUGUGAGUUGCUGUGGGAAUGAGACUGCGUGGCAGGGAUUUGGAGGAUUCAACUGUCUCCUGGAUACCAAGCGUUCUGGGUGUGCAGAGUGUCAGGCUCCGCCUUCGCCUUGAUCGCCGUGACGACAGGGGGAGGGGCUUUUGGCAACUCGUUGACCUGGAGGGAGAGGAAUCGCAGAGUGGGCGGCUGUUACGAGAUAGGACACCUCCUACUUGUUCACAGAGUCUGAUGAGUAUUCCUGCUGCUGCAUCAGUUCAGUCAGGAGGUGGAGAAAUGCAAUCACCUGGGGCCAUUAGCCCCUGCUUCCUCCUGCCCCCCAGUGGAAAAAUUCCAGGUCGCAAAAGGGGUCGCCCACCCCUAAAAAGACACCCAGAAUAUCAGAGUCACUACCCAGACUCCCUCCCACCCAUUAAAGUGCCCAAGAAGAGAGGGAGGAAGCCUGGUUUUAAACUAAAGUCUCGCUUGAUGACACCCCUAGCCAUCUCCCCUCCAAGCAGCACCCCAGAGCCAGACAUGAGCUCCAUUCCCCAGGACGCUGCCACUGUCCCGCACUCAGCCACCCCACAGAUCCUCACAGUUUGUAUCUACGUGAAUAAGCUGGUGAACACUGGUCCCAACCUAGACAGGCAGAAGGUGCUGCAGCUGCCGGAUCAUCUAGGUCCGGCGAGGCCGUCUGUGGUGCUGCAGCAGGCAGUACAGGGCUGCAUUGACAGCGCAUUCCAGCAGAAAGCCGUCUUCACCCUGCUAACUGACGGCUAUGGGGGAGAAAAGAUAUCAGCCACCUUUGAUGGUAAGCAACAUCUUUUGAGCUUACCUGUGGUAAACAGUGUUGGCUACGUCCUGCGCUUCCUCAAGAAGUUGUGUCGAAGCCUGCUGUGUGAGAACCUCUUCAGUGACCAGCCCAUCACCCCUUCAUCGUCCCCCUCUUCCUCAUUCCACACUGAAAAGCACUCAGAAGGGCAUCCCAAGUCAACAAAUUCGAUGGUGGAUGACUACCAUGGUGAUUCAAUGGACGCUAAGCGCUAUUCUGUUGACCCCAGUGACUCUGCCUUUGGUGCGAUGUCCUCGCCAUACACAGCUACCAAACCUUCAUAUGGUUUUCGUUCUAUCCCCACCUACUCUGGAGGCGUGUGCAGGCAGGCAGCCAGUCCCAGCACAUACCAGGAAGGAAAUAGAAGUGCCUACAGUUCAUCCCUAGAGGGAGGGGAUUCAAAGCCCCCACCCAGUAAGGACCCCUCCAGGUGGAGUGUUGAUGAGGUGGUGUGGUUUAUCAAGGAUGCAGACCCUCAAGCACUGGGCCCACAUGUGGAUCUUUUUAGAAAGCAUGAGAUUGAUGGUGAUGCUCUUCUCCUUCUGAAGAGUGAUAUGAUCAUGAAGUACCUGGGACUCAAACUGGGCCCUGCUCUCAAGCUGUGCUACCAUAUCGACAAGCUAAAACAGAACAAGUUCUGACCUGUCUCUGCAACAUCAUAACCCCUCUCCAGAAACACACAAACACUGAUGGAUUUACUCAAAGUAUUUAAUCUCAUGACACCAGUCCCCAUUUCAUAUACAGGACGUGUUCAUCCUCCAUUCUCUGGUCAUUCAAAGACAAGAUCCAGAUCUUCUAAGAUGUCUCUUGUGUUGAUUGUCUGCCUGUAUUAUGGGGCAUUUUACUGACCAGAGCAUUUCCUUAAAGUGUUCAAGCAUUUAAUUGGUCAAUUAACAUUGGAUUACUGCUCUAAUCAGAAGGCUGCAUUCUGUGAUUUCAUUUAUUUCUCCACAAGCAGGUGAGUUUUAAGUGUAAAUCACAAAUCAUUGUUCUUCAAAUGGAUGAAAUUGGAAUCAAGCAUUUAGGAUCAUAGAUGAACUCAUUCAUUUUUACAGAGCCACAGACUCUGUCUAAAACCCUGUGAACAUCAGCCACCUGCUGGUGAAAAGGAGUCAUUGCAACUCCAUUAAACUUACCCCAUUGAGAGCAGCUACUGCAAAAGCUGACAGUGUGGGAGAUGAGUAAAAAUCUCAUGACUAAACAGAUACGCACACACUCCCAACCAGCAAAUUACAGGCACAAAUGCAACUUGGCUCAGCAAUGUAUCAGUCACAUCAUGUGUUCGAAGUGAACCCAAGAACUUAACAGGAUAUAUACUACAAGGCAUUUAUUGCUAUGGUCAUGAAAAACAGUGCAUUAAAACUCAGUAAUGCAUACCAGGUGCUCAACCAGCAAGUGAAACGGAACAAAAAAAUCUUUACAUUGCAUACAGUGUAUUGGAACACUGGUAAUGUAUGUUUCGCACAGUGGACCAAAUGCAUGGAUGGAGAACAAAAGCAGAGAGGUUUCAUUACUCCAAGAAAUAUUUCAUUUGUCCUCCUUACUCAGAUAAAAAAAAUUAAAAUGUUGUUCAAUAACAAAAUUUGCUUGCAAAAUAUACAGAUAAUCUUUUUUAAGUUGUAAAUUGUCCUGAUUUCAGAUAAACAUUUUCACUGUGCAUAUUACACGUGGUUUAGAUUGAUUGUCACAAUGCAUAGUUGAACACAAGCUGACAUACUUUAGAGGUGCUUUGAAAUAGUUAUUUUACAGUAAUGGCCAUAUUUCAAUGUUUCAAAAAGUGACUAAAGCCUAGUCUCAAACUAAAUGAAAAUGUGCAAAAGAAUAAUUUUUCUCCUGAAGCAUUUCAAGAAAUUGUUAUUAUUAAGAUAUUUAAGUAGCAUUCAGUAUUACUGUAUUAUUUUUAAGACAGGUGAACUCAUUAAGUCUGAUCUAAUGAUGUCAUCUCCUAAAGUGGAUUACACCCAAGUGUACAACUUUUCUGUCCCACAAUCAUGUGUAAAUAUUAUAAUUAAUGUAGUAGUCACAAAUGAAAUAUACAAUUUCAGAUGUAUCAAAAAGAUUAAAUAAAUCAAUUUAAAUUGUAUAAUGCACACAUUCAACAUUUACAUAUAACCAGCUACCAAGCUUUCUUUGCUAGACGUCAUUGCUGUACAUUCUGCCUCUUAAAGCAACUGCUAACUUGUGCAUUUGUACAGAAUCUUUGUCUAUAAUUCUGCAUCAGGGAAGCUGUUUGAGUGGUUUAUGUCUUUUUCUUUUAAACCUCCCCCCAUAGCAUCAGUUGGUAAUAGCUUUCUCAAUGAAAAAUGUGUAAGUGAAGAAUCAGCUAAAUUUUUCCCACCAGAACAUUCUAAAGGGAUUUAAUCAGUGAGCUCUUAAAUCAGUGCAGUUGAAGACGUCAGGGUAUGGAAUUCAAUCCCUUGAUUUGAAAAGCUGAGUAUUACAAUGUCUUCAUGUAACCUUUCAUCAGAUUUGUUAAGUCUAGUGAGUUUAAUUGGCAAGUUCAAAGAGUUAUAAUCAAGGGUUUGUGCCGAUGGGACUUUUCUAAAGCUAAAGUGUGUAAUUUUUGCAAUGUUACUUUCUCUUAUCCCAGCUUAAUUUGCAGAGUCAACUAUAUUUUCAGGUAAAUUGUAAAUACUGUGGCUAUAAACAUUACUCUGUUUGUUUGAGCAUCCCACCAGCCAGAAUUUGAGAAUGGCUUGGGUGUGGGAUGGUACUAUCUUUUUGGUCUACCAAUGGCAGAUGGAUGGCGUAUUUGGGAAAGCCUGGUUAAAAAGACCAGCUUAACAAGCAUGCAGUUCCCAUGCUGGUCUUAGAUGGUUCAUACUGGUUUAAAUCUGAACUCAGUAACUUUUGUCUUUGUGUCAUCUUGGACUUACACUGACACCUAGCGGCUUGGAUGCAGCAUCAUUUAAAAACAUUUAAAUAUAAUUUUCAGUUUCAGAUGCCAUUGUAGAAAUUUUGUAUUAACAGUCAGCUAUGAUUACUUUAAUCAAUGAGUUAAAAUGUCAAAUAACAGGACGGUUACUGAGAUUAAGCGAGUAGUAUUCGGCUGGUCAUGUGAUUCUAAUAUGGCAGCCCCCAUAUGUGGACCCUCUCCAUGUAGAAUAAAACCGCUUUUAUAAGAUUAAUGAUAUGACUGGAGUCUUCAUUUUAAUGUGAAUGGUCAUGAUUUCCUAAAUGUAUAGAAAAAUUUUGUUCAAAAUUACAAUUACAAUGUUUUUAGGAGUUAAACUCUUUUUAAUGAGGAAAAAUUACUGAAUGCACCUUUAAUGCUGAUCUUUUCAGCAGGGAGCUGUUUUAAAACUUUAUUUUUGCAAUUUAUUCGGGUAACGUAGAAAUGCAAGUUUAUACAGACAAAUUACCCCAAGUCUAAUGUUAAAACUUUUCUUUAUUUUUUUUUUAUAUCUCCACUCAUGUAUUCAAAUAGUAGGCAUGUCUUGUUAGUUUUAAAAGCCCUUUAAUUAAGUAAUAGCAAUACAAGCACUUCUUUCUGUGGCUAAACUUAAUCCAAUUUUGUGUAGGAAGGCUUGACAUUUCAUAAUAAUCAUUCAUUAUUUUGUGGCAGUUUAUGCCGUCAUGCAGAUAUUCUGCUGACAUAGGCUGGCCUACAAGCUCCUGGCUAGAUAUUACUGACAAUUGUCAUGGAAUAUGAGUGAGGUUUUAAGAAUAAUAUGCUUUUCAGUUGUGCUAUGUAUUUUUCAGCUUUUUUGUAUGUGUGCGAUUGAGUAUGCCAGGUCGUAUGUUUGCCUUUGCACAAUUCCUUGCCAUUUUUGAUAUAAUGUAAAAUGUAAGUGUACAUUUAUGAAUGCUGCUCUUGAUGAUAGUCCCAUGCAAGGUUGUUUAAAAGAGACAUUUGUAAACUCAAGUAAGAGUUUUAAUGAAAAAUAAAAGUGUGUAUAAAUACACAACUAGAGGGGGACUACAACACGGACCAUUCAUGUUGGUGCUAUGACUGUAUUUAACAAAUGAUGAUUAUAUGCAUACAAUUUCUUGUGGUUGUUGUUGUUUUGUUUUUUGCUUUAUUCAGUUUGCCUUAAGUGUUGUGAAUCUUGUAACUGAGGACAGGCUCUGUUUGUGAGCAAGGGUGUAGAUUACUGUGGGGAUGGGGUAACCCCCCUUCCCCCCCAAUAAUCAAAACUAGCAAGUGUAACCCCCCCCCCCCCCCCAUAUUUAUACCAUGAUCAAUGGAAACCUGUAAAUGCUUGACGCUGUAACCACCCCCACCCCCCCCCCCCCAUGCUCAAGCCAAAUCUAUGCCAUUGAUAUAGAGGAUUAUGAGAGAGUCAGAAUAAAGCAUAAUGAACACCCUAUCCUGAACUCUAACUGUACUUGUAGUUCUAUAUAUUGCUAUAUCACUUAAUAGAUUGCUGUUUGUAUUUCCUGUAUCUCUACCGCAGCUCUUGAGCAAACAGACACAACUCAGUGCUAGCCAGAACCCACAUACAAAUGUUAAAUCAUGUACAAGGCCAUUAAACAAUUCAAAUAAAGUAUUUUCUGCACUCGAGAAAAU